AUGGCACCGAGAGUUAUCGUCGUCGGCGCUGGCCUGUCCGGCUUGAGUGCAGCGCAUACCAUCUACCUUGCUGGUGGCAACGUUGCUCUCCUUGACAAGAACAACUUCAUGGGUGGCAACUCCACCAAGGCCACAUCCGGUAUCAAUGGUGCCCUCACACAGACUCAGGUCGACACCAAGAUUGCCGACAGUGUCAAGCAAUUCUACGAAGACACACUCAAGUCUGCUCGUGAUAAGGCACGACCAGAUCUGAUCAAGGUCUUGACCUACAAGUCUGCGGCAGCUGUGGAGUGGCUGCAGGAAGUUUUCAACCUAGAUCUUACCCUUGUAUCACGAUUAGGAGGUCACUCUUUCCCACGAACUCACCGCGGCCACGAUGCAAAGUUUCCCGGCAUGGCCAUCACAUACGCACUCAUGCAGCGCUUCGAAGAGCUCGCUGAGAAGGAGCCAGAUCGUGUUCAGUUGAUCAAGAAGGCCAAGGUCGUCCGUGUCAACAAGGAAGGCAACAACGUCACUGGCGUCACAUACACUUUCAACGGAGAGGAGACCGUGGCUGAGGGCCCGGUCGUGUUGGCGACUGGCGGCUACGCAGCUGAUUUUACCGAGGACAGUCUGCUCAAGAAGUGGCGACCGGACACUUUUGACCUCUCGACCACCAAUGGAGCACACGCUACUGGUGACGGACACAAGAUGCUGAUGAAAAUCGGGGCAAACGGUAUUGACAUGGACAAGGUGCAGGUGCACCCGACUGGUUUGGUUGAUCCAAAGGACCCUACAGCAAAGACCAAGUUCCUGGCCGCUGAGGCUCUACGUGGUGAGGGUGGUUUGUUGCUCAACAGCAAGGGCCAGCGUUUCACCGACGAGCUUGAGCACCGUGACUACGUCUCGAACAAAUUGUGGGAAGAGAAGAAGAAGGACCUAUGGCCUAUUCGACUCGUACUCAACAGCAAGGCAUCUGGCGUUCUCGACUUCCACACAAGACAUUACAGUGGACGAGGGCUGAUGAAGAAGAUGACCGGUGCCGAGCUUAUUAAGGACAUUGGCUGCUCAGAGGACGAUCUCAAGCAGACGUUCAAGGACUACAACCGAUACUACGAUGGCGAGGAGAAGGACCCUUUCGGCAAGAAGUACUACCACAACGGCCAUUUUGAUGUCAACGAUACUUUCCACGUUGCGCACAUGGAGCCUGUGCUUCACUUCACCAUGGGUGGUAUCGAGAUCAAUGACCAGGCACAGUGUCUAAACGAGGAGGGCAAGCCGUUCGAUGGUCUGUUCGUUUGUGGUGAGUUGGCUGGUGGUGUUCACGGUGCGAACAGACUUGGUGGCUCAUCACUUCUCGGCUGUGUCGUCUACGGUCGUGUGGCCGGUGACAGCGCAAGCAAGUACCUCUUCCAGAAAGUCCUCAACGGCAGCACAAGUGUUGCAGCACAACGUCUUGGCCAGAUCAGCCUGCACAUCGACCCAUCGCAGCCCGGCAAGGUCUCGGUCGAGUGGUCGGAAGGUGUUGGCGCAGGCUCAGGCUCGAGCGACGAGGCCAGAAUGCGACAACAAUCACAGAAGUCUGCCGGCCCUGUCAUGACUCAGAAUGGAGACAGCAGCGACCCAGCCAAGGUCAGCAAGCCCAACGACAUCAGCCAAUUCAAGGUUCCAGAUGACGAGUACAGUCUCGAGGAGGUGGCGAAGCACAACAAGAAGGAGGAUCUAUGGAUCGCCGUCAAGGGUGUGGUGAUGAACGUCACUGACUGGGUUGACGAGCACCCUGGUGGACCUCAGGCACUCUUCUCGCAUAUGGGCAAGGAUGCGAGCGAGGAGUUUGAGAUGCUGCACGAUGAUGAGGUUAUUCCCAAGUACGCUGCUGGUAUUGUUAUUGGACGGGUGAAGGGACAGGAGAUUACGCUCGAGUAUUAG